AUGAGCCCUGCCCUGCUGCUGGCCCUCCUGGGCAUCACCGUGCCCCGAGUGCAGGCCCUGACCUGCUACUGGGGGACACUGGUGUCCGUGAGGAAUGCGUCGGAACUGCCCCUCCAGUGGACGACUAGCCAGGAACACUGUGAGGAUGGCUGGAGCUGCCAGGAGGUUCUGAUGCUGAUGGAGAACGGACCCCACGUGUACGUGGUGCUCAUCAAGGGCUGCACCCAGGCAGCCGAUCACGAGGCCCUCGUCACCCAGCACAGGGUAGGCCCCGGCCUGUCCAUCGCCUCCUACACCCGGGUGUGCCGGGAGAACCUGUGCAACCAUCUCUCCACCAGCCUCCCUCUCUGGGCCCCGCCCCUACCCACAGCCCUGGGGUCUGUGCGGUGUCCAGUCUGCUUGUCUGCCGAAAGCUGUGGGUCUGCAGCAGAGCUGACCUGCCCCGCCGAGAGCGCACACUGCUACAGUGGGGUCCUCCUGCUCAGUGCUGGGAGCCUCACCACCCAUCUAAAAGUCCAGGGGUGCAUGUCCCAAGCAGGCUGCAACCUGCUUAAUGGGACUCAGGAAAUCGGGCCCAUCAACCUGCGGGAGACCUGUGAUCCUAAAGCCAUUCUGACCUGUCAUCGGGGGAACAUGUUUCGGACUUCUCAAGACCUGACUCAGAAACCUGUCGCAUGGCCCGCGAAUAGGGAGCAGCUGUGUAAUCUUGGGGAGGUGUGUCAGGAGACGCUUCUGCUCAUAGAUGUAGGACUCAAAUCACUCCUGAUGGGGAGCAAAGGCUGCAGCAAGGCCAGGACACAGGAUUCCCAGACUAUCUCCAUACACUCGGGGCCCCCCGGAGUGUUCGUCGCCUCCUUUGCCCGGUUCUGCUCUUCCGACAAGUGCAACUCGGCUACCAGCAGCAGCGUCCUGUUGAACUCCCUCCCUCAUCCAGCUCCCCCUGCCCCGGGAGACCUGCAAUGUCCCACCUGUCUGUCCACCUUUGGAUCCUGCACACAAAACUCUGAUAUUGUGAGGUGUCCUAAGGGCACCAGUCAUUGUUACAAGGGUCACAUUGCUCUCAGGGGAGGUGGGCUGACCGCCCCAGUGAACAUCCAGGGCUGCUUGGCCCAACCUUCCAGCUCCUUGUUGAACGGUACCAAGAAUAUUGGGGUCUUUUCCGUGAUUGAGGACCAUGAUAAAGCUAUAGUGCCCGAUGGAGCUGCCCCUGCCCCCGACCUGGCUUGGCCCCUGCUCACCCCCUAG